AUGUGGAUCAUUGCGCAUCUUCUUUCAAAUAUCGGUCUAUCACAGACAUUCUCACCGCAAGAGAUCAAUGUCGAUGAUCUCAUGCUCAACCUUCACGAUCCAGUUUUCUACUCUGAAGAUAAAACAGAAUCCGUUGAAGCAUUAAUCUGCAUCUGCACAGUUUGCUUGCAUCUAUAUGGAUACUUCGAACCAGCUGCAAUGGCAUUUAUCAAUGAACUCAUUCCUACAUUCGACCAACUACAAGAAAUCAAUGAAAACCCAUUCAGAGCAUUUGCAAUCGGUUACAUUUGCAUUCUCACUGUUCGCAAUACAGGAUAUACAACAAAUCAUUAG